AUUUUAUGGCUCGACAACAACGACACUGGCGACAAGUUCGUUUUCUCUGAGGUAAAAAAUAAAAGACUUAUCUCUAUUAGAAAGCCUAAUGCUUGUGUUUGUGUUCACUCGUUUAUAGCUUUUCCGACUGCCUCAAGCUGAUACUAAACUUAAAGGAAAACUGUUCAUUACAAGAUAUCAAAUAAAUUUUCUCUCUCUGAUAUUCUUGAUGGAACUAUGUAGCUCCAAAUGCAAUGUCAGUGGCUGUUUUUGCAAACUUGAGGUCGAACCCAAACCUGUAAGCACGUAGAUUGCAAAAUCUGUUAAAAACGACCAAAAAAUAUGAUGCCCUUCUUGUCAGGUAAAAUGGGCUAAGUCACGCAAUUCGAAGUAAUGUAACAAUCACGAGCAGAUAGGAACUCACCGUACACCAUUAUAGACCGCGUGCAUAUUGACGAGAUCAUUACUGAUGCUUCCGGUUUGAGAUCUCACAAGUUCCCUCAAGAGGAAGCGGAUAGAAUUGAACGACUGUUGAAAGGUGGCGUUAACAGUGAUAUCAACUCUGACGACGAACUCGUCGAAAAUGAAGAGGUAUCCGAAGAGGAUUCUACUAAUGAACCCCCUACACGUGCGUUUGUCAGCACCAGGUCGGGGAAUUCAGCAACUCGCUUAGAGCUGUUUUGA